UGGUCAACUACCUUGUGUGCAUUUCACAGUUUGGCAAUGGACAAUGGUCGGCUACUGGCUAGUUCGAGACACUGUCAAUUUACCUACUAAAAUACCGAACAGGAAAUGCUAUGGGAACUAUAUUAUUAUCAUGAAUAUCAACUAUCAACACCGACAGAAUUCAAAAAUGACCUACUUUGAGCACCCCUACUCAUAUCAGUUACGACGAUUCAUCAUUCAGUCUAGUACCUAUAGGCUAUAAUCAGCAUUCAGCAUAGAAUGCGUUGAUAUUAAUAUCCCUAUCGAUAAGUUAAAUCUAUAUUUAUUAUUUUGCCAAUUGCCACUCGAUUCGAGUAUAUUAAUAUUAUUAACAUCAUAAUAAUUCAUAAUAUAAAAUAUUUAGUCAUCGCUAAUAUUAUUAUUUAUUAUACGAUACGUUCUUAUUACUUCCUGUGAUUAUUUAUUCAGAACGUGUUCACAGAAAGAAUUAAUAAUAAGAUAAGAAUGUUUAACGAAAAGAAUUUCGUACAACCAUGAAAUAAUUGUAUCUAUAGCGACGAUAAUAAGAAAAUAUGCCGUCUUUUAGACAGAAAUUCUCUGGGUUCUUUAGGCAAUUUUCAGCGCCAUCAGAGUCCAGGAAUGACGAGAACGCUUCGAAUCGUUUCAUUAAAAAAUAUCUUACUGGUCAUGAAGUGAAAAAAUAUGAGCCAGUUAUUUUGCACGGAAGAACUCCGCAGGAAGUGCCAUCCCAACAACUAGGUGCUAUUAAAGGUUACGAAGUUAUAUCAUCAUUGACUGGACCACACGGUGGGCUUAUUGCUGUUAAUCAAACAGAAAAACAUUUGUCAGCAAGUGAUCCAGAAAUUAAUUUUAUCGAUAAUCUUGAAGACGAUAGUCACAAUGGGGAAAAAAAAGUCGGUGUAUCAACUAAUGAUUCAACUGAUGAAACUUCGAAUGUAGAAUCUAAACAAAAUAUUUUAAAAAAGCUUAUAUUUCUAGGACAUCCAUUGGUUGCUGGUGUUGAGAAUUGGAAUGUCCCACACACUAAUGCAUAUGGUGCCAGUUGUUCUUUAUAUGAAGUGCAUCCCAUAACACAUCGUCAUACGGGUGAUCCGAUUGCUGAUUGUUUUGCUAUUGUAACCAGAGCGAAUUCUGCAAUAAUGGUGUUGGCAGAUGGCGUUAAUUGGGGUGUCAAAUCUAGGACUGCUGCUAGAUCUGCUGUCCAUGGUUGUGUUGACUAUUUGAACAAAACUAUAUUUACAUCAGACAAAGAAUCGCCUAAAAACACUACAGAUGUUCUUAUGACUUUACUGAGAUCCUUCCAUGCUGCCCAUAAUAUGAUACUACAAGAAGAAGGAACUUUGACUACACUUACAGCAAUUGUAGUACUUCCUUCUACUGUUGAUAAUCAUUAUAUAGCUUGUUGUUGUAAUGUUGGUGACAGUUUGGGUUAUGUGUAUAGUUCCAAGUAUGGUGUAAGGGAACUUACUCAAGGCUCACAUGAUGUUCACAGAAUGAGAGACAUGAGAGAUGUCAUGGGAGCUUUAGGUCCUGUUGAUGGACAUAAUCCAGAACUGUCAAACUUGACUUUGUCCAUAACACAAAUUGAUAUAGAUGAUAUAGUUUUUAUUACUUCUGAUGGCGUAUCAGAUAACUUAGAUCCUGUGGUUGGCCACUUUACUGGACUUCCCAGCGUUGAAGCAUAUCAAAGACACAAGCUUUCUCUUUUAAGAACAGAAGAUUUGAUUCGUAAUGGAGUGUCUGGGAAAGGACCAGCAGUAGAUACAGCUAAAGACUUAGUAACAUUGUUAUUGGAUUUUGUAACCCGAUUAACUGCCGCUAAACGUCAUAUAUUAGAAGAUAUGGAAAUAUAUGCAGACGCUAAUGGAAAACCUUUAGCUCAAGGAGAAGUCAGACAAAAAAGAAAGGAAAUUAUUAGAAAAAUGUUUGGUGUGCCGGGUAAGUUAGAUCAUGCUACAGUAGUUGCAUUCAAAAUGAAUUCUGGAAAAUAGAAAUUUUUAAAGAUAUUAAAUCUUUUUUCAUGUUGAUUUAUUGUUUAACGAUUUGUUAUUUUUUUACUGUGAAAAUCAGUCUUAGAAAUUUUUAGUUACCUAUGCAGUUAUUAUUAUUAUAUCAUAUGUACUAAACAUACCUAAAAAAUAUGUGAAAAUUGUGUGCAUACAAAAUMACAUUAUCUAGAAAUUAUUAUAUUACAAUAAACCUUUAUGAAAUAUUAUCUCUUUUAUAUUUAAAUUAAUUCUUUAUUUAAGCUUAGUAAUUUACCAAAUAUCUAUUAGUGCAAUAUUGUUUCCGUCCAGUGGAUUGUUAUUUGUUUGAGAUACACAACAAACUAUAAUUUAGUCAGCUUAUACAUUAUUAAACCUAUAUUUUAUAUUCAAAACUUGUAUGUGUUAUUAUGUCAUAUUUUAUUGUUUAAUUUAUUUAUAUUUAUUGAUUGUUUAUUUUAUCGUAUAUAAGUUAUGACUAACAUCAUGUUAAGACUACUGAUAUUUUUUGUUAUUUGUAAAACUUUGAGACAAAUGUACUUUAUUCCAAAGUAAAUUAGGCCUAAAAAUAAUAUUUUAUAUAAAUGUACUAACACCAAAUAACAAAUAUUCUUUUACU